AUGUCCAACUCUUCGCUUCCCCCAACAAUAGCGGCUACCCACCCUCUCGCAGGUCAAGUAGGCGGUCAUGCAGGCGUUCAGACAACAGAAGACGGAUCUCUUCUGCUCAAGCCAGCUCUCCCUCACGAAAUCGCGUUUUAUCAACAAAUCGCCGCUGCAGACGAUCACGAUGCGCUAUCAAAGCUGAGAAAGUGGAUCCCAAAGUUCCUUGGUGUGCUGAAGCUCGAGGGACAAUUAAAGGAUUCGAAUGGGGAAGGCGGUGAAAAUGUGGAAGUAGUUCCUGUGCAGGGCAACAUGGCGCCAGAGGAAAAAGAUAGUUUAUUCUUAUCUGAUCCAGCACAGUCCCUCGUCAUUGAAAAUCGUUUGUAUGGCUUCGUGAAGCCUUGUGUUCUAGAUGUAAAACUUGGGACUGUCCUCUAUGAUGAAGACGCGCCUCCAGAAAAGAAAGCACGCAUGAUCAAGAGAGCUCUUGAUACUACUAGCGAGGAAACAGGUGUUUGCCUCACAGGGUUUCAGGUGUACAGCAAUAACUCUCCCAAACCUAUCUUGAUACCCAGGUCGUACGGGAAAUCGAUCAAGAAGGAGCAACUUCUCGAGGGUGUCGAGAUGUUUUUCCCUGUCUCGUCGGCACCUUACCCUAUACCGUCGAAACCACAGGAAUCAUCAGAUUUAGAGACAUCAAACCUUCAUCCUGGUCUUCCCCCUAUCCUACUCCACCGCGUUCUGACUACCCUCCAAGCCGACCUGGAGGAAUUGAAAACUACAAUAUCCAGCAUUGAGAUGCGCAUGGUAGGCGGAAGCCUUCUCAUUGUGUACGAAGGCGACUGGGAGCGUGCUUCGAAAGCUGUUUCCGCGCCUUCCGGGACUGGCACGACGGAAGAAGACGACGAUGAAGAAGUGGAGGUCGAGAUAGAUGAAAAUGGACAGAUUGUUCUAGAGUCUAUACCUGACGAAGCGACAGAGGGAGAGGAGGAACCCCAAGCUCCUUUGUGUUCCCUUUCUCUCAUAGACUUCGCGCAUACUCGACUUACCGAUGGCGCAGGCGCUGAUGAGGGCGUGUUGAAGGGCAUACAGACCAUGAUCGAUCUUGUCAGACAGCGAAAGGAUAAGAUCACAGCGAUGCUGCCUAGUGAUAGGUAA